CAUAGCUCCUGUUAGACUCUUUAACCUACAAAAUAAAACCCUGUGAGAUUUAUGAAGAGCCAUUUAUGGAAGCAGAAUCAAGCUACCAUAAAAAAAACAUUUGGUGCAAAGGAUGCUCUCGGGAACUUGACCUAAACUCAAAUUUGAAUUAGUUUUGAGAUUAUUCAUUCCAAGUCUUGUGCAUACACACAUAUGCUUACAUGCAUAUAUAUAUAUAUAUUUACCUGUAUUUUGUUUCAAACACUAGAAUUGCAGACCUAAGAGCUACAAGGUCUAAUGCUUCACCAACUUCCCAAAGAACCACCCUCAAAUCACCCUCCAUCUCUCACCCCACAAAACCCUCUUAACCAUCACCAGUCAUUCAGCUUUGAACAAAAAUACAGAAACACAUGUAACCUCCUUCUCUCUCUAACCCACUCAAGGUCUCUAUCCAAAGGCCUCCAACUCCAUGCCCACAUCAUCAAAUCAGGUAUCCAAACAAUCCCACUCAUCUCCCAUCACCUCAUCAACUUCUAUUCAAAAACCCAACGCCCACUUAUUUCCCGCCAAAUCUUCCUUGAAGCCCCAACCAAGUCAUCCACCACUUGGAGCUCAAUCAUCUCUUCUUUUGCCCAGAAUGAGCUCCCUUCGCUUGCUCUCGACUUCUUUCGCCAGAUGCUCCAUGCCGGGGUUCGACCUGAUGAUCACACAUUCCCGAGUGCAACCAAAGCGUGUGCGAUUCUUUCCAGGUGUGAUGUUGGGCAAUCGAUGCAUUGUCUUGCUGUGAAAACUGGGUUUGACGGUGAUGUGUUUGUGGGGAGUUCGGUGGUUGAUAUGUAUGCCAAAUGUGGUGAGAUUAAAAAUGCCCGGAAUGUGUUCGAUGGAAUGCCGGAUAAAAAUGUGGUUUCUUGGAGUGGAAUGAUAUAUGGGUAUGCUCAAAUGGGUGAGGAUGAGGAGGCUUUGAGGCUGUUUAAGCAAGCUUUGCAAGAGGGUUUAGAUGUUAAUGAUUUUACUUUUUCAAGUGUUGUUCGGGUUUGUGGCAGUUCUACGCUUCUCGAAUUGGGAAAGCAAAUACACGGUUUGUGUUUGAAAAUGAGUUAUAAUUCGUCCAGCUUUGUGGGUAGUUCUUUGAUUUCUUUGUAUUCCAAGUGUGGAGUAAUUGAAGGAGCUUGUCGGAUAUUUGAUGAGAUAUCCAUUAGGAAUCUAGGCAUGUGGAAUGCAAUGCUGAUUGCUUGUGCUCAGCAUGCGCAGACGGACAAAGCAUUUAAUUUGUUUAAACAGAUGGAAAGCGAUGGCAUGAGACCAAAUUUCAUCACCUUUUUGUGUAUGCUAUAUGCUUGUAGCCAUGCCGGGCUUGUUGAAGAGGGUAAGCAUUAUUUUGAGUUGAUGAAGCAGUAUGGAAUUGAGCCUGGGGAGCAGCAUUAUGCUUCAGUGGUGGACUUGCUUGGCCGUGCUGGGAAAUUGCAGGAUGCACUUUCGGUUGUGAAGGAAAUGCCAAUACAACCAACAGAAUCUGUAUGGGGAGCUUUAUUAACCGGCUGUCGAAUUCACGGGGAUACGGAAUUGGCGGCUUAUGCAGCUGAUAGGGUUUUUGAGUUGGGUCCUGUGAGCCCAGGCCUGCAUGUGCUAUUAUCUAAUGCUUAUGCAGCUGCUGAAAGAUAUGAGGAGGCAGCCAGAGCCAGGAAAAUGCUAAGGGACCAAGGAGUGAAAAAGGAAACAGGUUUGAGCUGGGUUGAGGUGGGAAAUAAGGUUCAUACAUUUUCUGCAGGGGAUAGGUCUCACUCAAAAUCCAUUGAGAUUUACCAGAAAUUAGAGGAAUUAGGGGAUGAAAUGGAACAAGCCGGUUAUGUUGCAGACACCAGUUUUGUGCUGCGAAAAGUGGAUGGUGAAGAGAAGAAUCAAGCAAUUAGGUAUCACAGUGAAAGACUAGCCAUUGCAUUUGGACUCAUUACCUUCCCACCCGAAAGGCCAAUCAGGGUUAUGAAGAACUUGCGUGUUUGUGGUGAUUGCCAUAAUGCAAUUAAAUUCAUGUCUAAAUGCUCUGGAAGAAUAAUCAUUGUGAGGGAUAACAAUCGUUUUCAUACAUUUGAAGAUGGGAAAUGCUCAUGCGGUGACUAUUGGUGAUUGAAUUGUAAGAAAUACAUUCACCUUGAUGAAUUUUUGUUUAACCGGUGAAUUAUAAGAGGUUUUUUUCAAUAAUUAGUGGUGAUUGAAUUGUUACAGAUUCAUUGGUCCCGUUCCAAUUUUUUUUUAUGAUAAAUACUUAGAAGAAUUCUUUGAAAAGAAUAUUUGUUUCAGUCCCUCUUUGCUG